UCGAGGAAGAAAGAGGAAGCGCUUUUCCGGUUAGGUCUCGCGUGGAUUAGCAUGAAGUACAGUCUAAAGCGAACCAGCAGAGCAUUCGUGCAUUGAUAAAUUCCUUUAAGUGGACUUUGGGUACACUUUCGUAAUGUUUCACCUCCUGUAAACCCAGACUGCAUGGAGAUUAGUGUCGCUUGGUAUCUGUAAAUAGACGGAAAGAAUUCGGCAUUGCAGUGCUAGUCGGACUAGCUGCAGGAGAGACCAAGCUGUAGUUUUUCAUGUACUCAAAACCUCCAUAGCGUCUUUGGCUAGCUAGUUGGUAAUGUACGGAUAACAACGUUCUCAUUAAGCAACACAGCAUGCGCAAGAGUGGCCAAAACUGAUUUAACGUAAUGUACCCGAAGGAGAAGAUGCUGUAAAUUUGUAAAAACAAACAUGCUUAAAAUCCAAACCCUGAGAGCCUUUGUCAACCAGCGACUAUCAGCAGCUUCUGAUGAGAUAUUUGAACUGUUUAAAAGAACGAUAGCAGAGUAUGAAGAGGAACUUUUUCGACAACGCGCACUCUACGCUGCUUUCAUUCCCGAAGUCCGGUUAUACAGAGCAGAUGUCCAGCAACUGUUGGUGACUAAAGAAGAGGCCCCUCCUGAGAAGCAAGUGUCUGGCUCCAGUCUGGACCACAGGGACCAGCCGGAGCUGCCGCACAUUAAAGAGGAACAGGAGGAACUCUGCACCAGUCAGGAGGGAGCGCAGCUUCAAGGGCUGAAGGAAGCUGACGUCACCAAGUUUAUAUUCACUCCUGUCGCUGUUAAGAAUGAAGAUGAUGACGAAGGGGAGCCUCAGGUCUCACAACUAUGUCAAAGACAAACUGGACUCGUGGAAACAGGUGAUGGAGAGGGCUGUGGCGGAGCAGAACCGGUCGUGAACACUAAUUUGCAACCAAAUAUCGAUGACAGUGGUGAUUGUAAGAAAAGAAGUGAAGCUCAGUCAAGUUUAAAGGUUAUGGAAGAGGAGAGAGGGUGUAAUAUUGGUGAGAAAUCCUCAAGCUGCUCUGAGUGUGGUAAACAGUUCCUUAAAAACUCAAAUCUUAGGAGACACAUGAGAAUUCACACAGGAGAGAAACCGUUUAAUUGCUCAGUUUGCAGUAAAACAUUUAUACAAAAGGUACAUCUGACACAGCACAUGGAACUCCACACAGGUUUGAAGCGAUACAGCUGCAGUGAUUGUGGCAAAAGAUUCUCCUGGGUAUAUCAACUCAAAUGUCACGAGUAUGGUCGUUGUCGGUCCUCAGAGCUUCAUCAAAGUCAGACUGAAGAGAACGGAGAUGCGUGGCAAUUGAAAACUGACGGAGAGGACUGUGGGGGAUCAGAACCAGCCAAGAUGUCACAAUCCUCCGAAUCUGAAACUGAUAAUAGUUGUGAGUGGGAGGAGACAAGGGAACCUCGGUCAGGUUUAAACGUCUUACAAAACAAUGGAGUCCUAGAAAGUGAUAAGGAAUGUAAUGCUGGGAAAACAUCAGUUGACUCCUUCGCAUGUGCGACGAGGUUUGGCCGCUCUGGACAUCUGCAGGAACACGAUAGAAUGCAAAUGGAUUUGAAACCAUUUAGUUGUUCGGUUUGUGGUAAGCGAUACCCCCGGAAGAACUCCUUAAGAACUCACAUGAGACUUCAUUCUGAAGGAAAAUGUUUCAGCUGUGCAUUUUGUAAAAAAACCUUCCCGUGGAAAGGUGAUGUAGUGAGGCACAUGAGAAUCCAUACGGGGGAAAAACCCUUCAGAUGUUCCGUCUGCGGUAGAGGAUUCACGCAAAGCUCGGCUUUAGCCUCACACCUGAGAGGCCAUACGGGUGAAAAACCCUUUACGUGCUCAGUUUGCAAAGCGAGUUUCACUCUCCGAAACACUUUGUCCAAACACAUGAGAAUGCAUACCGGGGAGAAGCCGUUUGGUUGCAGUGUUUGUGAUAAAAGGUUUACAUGGCAACAUUCGUUCAAAAAGCAUAAGUGUAUUAGUGCAGGUAGAGGAGGUAAAUGAAGCUCCGGAGGUCCUUGUUAUUCACUUAAAGUAUACUGAAAGUGUCAGGUUUGAAUCACAUGACUUGGACUCGUCGCAGAUUUGAUGACUUUACGCUUGACUUGGAUUUAAACACCAUUAACUCUUAGGAGUGUAUAUCAUUUCAUCAUGAUAUGUUGUUUCUGUGGACAACAAUACAGUAAUUGUUAGUCUGGCGCCAUAUGAUUUAGAUUUGGUUCAAUGGAAAUGUAGGAGCCAAACGCAAUGUUAUGGGGAAGCAUGGUGACUCUGUAUUUGUUGUGGGUACCACAGGGGGCGCUGUGGUCAUUCAGGCCAUAAAGGGUAUAUAUGUAAUGGGAAAUCGGGUGCCAUCAGGUGUUGUGUGACCCCGGAAGGGAAAGCGUUUUUUUUGACCGCUAGGGCAUCUAAGGAUGGGUACCAUGCUGCCGCUGUUGCUCCCUGUAAGCAUGUUUUAGCGUCAAAAUGCUAUUUUCUCAAGCCCUUCUAAAGCUAGUUUCCAUAUGACCCGAUGAUAUAGAUUUGAUUUAAUUCAGGGGCCUGUAAUAGAUAUGAGCUGACACCAUAUGUCUGUUUCUCACAAUAUGUUACAAAAGAAGCAGCCGCCAUUUUUUUCUGGUAAAAGUAAAAGUCUCCUUUAAAUUGACUCCACUAACAUGCAUAAAACCUAGCUCAGUUGUCUGACUGCAAUAAUGCUAAUACCAUUCAAAAUUAACUUCUACCAAAUGUCAAAAUGUGAGCAGAUCUCUUGUUUGGUGAGUAAAUCUGCUAAAGUAUUUAACCACACUGGCGGGAAAAUAUUUGUACCAAAAUGGUCACAUAACAAUAAAACUAUGUUGAGAAUA